UGAAAGUCUUCGCAUUUUAAGUACGGCCCUGGAUGAAUGCGUUGUGUUUAAGAGAAAUCCAUCUGUGGCUUGAAUUCGUUUUAUUCCCUCUCCCAUGCCUGCUCUUACCACCAAGAACAAUACUAUCCUCGUCACCGGAGCUAAUGGUUUUGUCGCUUCAUGGGUCAUUGAUACACUCCUCAAACGAGGCUACACCGUCCGUGCGGCCGUGCGUACGGAAGUCAAAGGCCAAUAUAUCCUAGAGCAGUUCAAGUCAUACAGCGAAACUGGAAAGAUUCAGGUAGUUGCUGUUGGGGACAUCGCAAAGGAAACCGCUUUCGACGAUGCUGUCAAAGAUGUGGAUGGAAUUAUUCAUACCGCUUCUCCCGUGCACUUGGGGAGUGGUGAACCCAGUGAAAUCAUCGAACCUGCCGUCAAUGGUACUCUUGGGAUUCUCAAAAGUGCUUUAAAAUUCGGAGUAUCCGUAAAGCGUAUCAUAGUCACCUCUUCCUGUGCAGCGGUCAAAGAACGACAAGAAACAAGGACUAAUAUUGACGAGACAAGUUGGAAUGAAUCCUCAAUUGUCGAAUGUGAGGAGAAGGGAAAGAACGCCCAUCCGCUUGACAUGUAUUCUGCAUCCAAAACUAUUGCCGAAAAACGUGCAUGGGAGUUCGUAGCAGAGCAUGCAUCGGAAAUCAAAUGGGAUUUCGUAGUCAUCACCCCGCCUUGGAUUUUCGGUCCUCCUCUUCAAGAAGUGACCUCGGUUGAAACUUUGAACUCAUCCAACAUGUACUGGUACAAAGCGGUUUUUGAAGGAAACUUCUUUGGGGCAAACCCAGAAACCGAUCCUGCUCAUGGGUGGAUCGACGUACGUGAUGCCGCCGAGGCUCAUGCGCGGGCGUUAGAGGAACCCACUGCUGGUGGUGAACGGAUAAUCGUUUGUGCUGGAUCGCCUUGGGUAUGGCAGGAUUUCUGUGAUAUAUCCCAAGGGAUUGACCCGAAGAUUCACUCUAUCGGGAACACCUUCAACACGGCAAAGGAACACAGCAUUCUUGGUCUUGAAUACAGGACUAUGAAAAAAAUGACGGAUGAUACACUUGCAUACAUUACCAAGAAAGGCUGGUGAAUGGGUCAGCUCUAUAGUGCUUCCCCAAGAAAUAAUGAAAAUGAUUAGCGUGUAAGAUACAGAAGUAAGUCGAAUAAAUAAGUAAAUGACAACAGAUGAGUUGAGUGUCAGGAGUAUGUUAAUUAUGUUUGCACCAACGUCCCUAUCCUACAAAUUCCAAUAGUGAAGGUCUAAGUGGAUGCUUUUUCGUCAGGCCGGGUAAUGGAUCCAAAAAUCCACUGCCGUACAGCGGCGGUGGCUUCCUUGGGAUC